GAGCAGUGCGAGGAAGGGCGGGCAGAAAGGGCUCUUGUGGUUGACUACGGGUUAGGAGAGCGUUGAACCGGGAGGGACCCUAGGAGGGACCUCGUGGAAAGAUUCAGAGACUGCGUCCUCUCCCUGGAGCCCUCUUCCCCCACACGCGGCGGGUAUAUUUUGCUGCAGUUGCCCCAGGACCUGUUCCCAAGACUCUGCCCGUCCCUCCUGUCCCUCCCGGUGUUGUAGCGUGAUGGUCAUGGGAACCCUCACCCCACUUGAAACUGCUCCCAGCUCCUGUUGACUUCCAGCUUUCCGGUUGAGGCUGCGCCUUUAGAUGACACGACCCUACUCACCCUUGUUUCCAGCGGUUGCUCGGCCCUGCAGGUGCCUCUCACUGUAACCCAUCACCAAGGGGGCUUCUGCAGCCCACAGAAUUCUUCCAGUCCCUAUGUGGGGACGAAGAAAGGAAAGUUCAGAUUGAGAUGGCCCAUGGCACCACCACGCUCGCCUUCAAGUUCCAGCAUGGAGUGAUUGCAGCAGUGGAUUCUCGGGCCUCAGCUGGGUCCUACAUUGCUACCUUACGGGUGAACAAGGUGAUUGAGAUUAACCCUUACCUGCUUGGCACCAUGUCUGGUUGUGCAGCAGACUGUCAGUACUGGGAGCGCCUGCUGGCCAAGGAAUGCAGGCUGUACUAUCUGCGGAAUGGAGAACGCAUUUCAGUGUCCGCAGCCUCCAAGCUGCUGUCCAACAUGAUGUGCCAGUACCGGGGCAUGGGCCUCUCUAUGGGCAGUAUGAUCUGUGGCUGGGAUAAGAAGGGUCCUGGACUCUACUAUGUGGAUGAAAAUGGGACUCGGCUCUCAGGAAAUAUGUUCUCCACUGGUAGUGGGAACACUUAUGCCUACGGGGUCAUGGACAGUGGCUAUCGGCCUAAUCUUAGCCCUGAAGAGGCCUAUGACCUUGCCCGCAGGGCUAUUGCUCAUGCCACUCACAGAGACAGCUAUUCGGGAGGCGUUGUUAAUAUGUACCACAUGAAGGAAGAUGGUUGGGUGAAAGUAGAAAGUACAGACGUCAGUGACCUGCUGCACCGGUACCGGGAAGCCAAUCAGUAAUAGUGGUGGUGGCAUCUGGGCAGGCCUCCUCCGGGAGGGCUUGGCCGAUCAGAGACCUGAGCCAUGUUAAGCCCCUGGAGAAGAUGAGGCCCAGCUUGAGCCAAAGAGAAAGUACCUGCUCAGCAGCCGGAGGAGGCUGGUGUAGUGCAUCUUCGGUGUGUUCUCUAUUUGAACGAGCGUUUCCCCAGGGGAAAUUUCUUGGUGCCCAACUAAGUAGAAUAAAGAGAAACGGUUAUAAAU